AUGAGUCUGGAAUUUGACCUGCCUCGGGAAGGGCCUUGGCUGCCUAGUGCUCGAAUCACGAGCCAGGCUGAGUUCAACACCGCCCUGCGAAUGAUGGAUAGAGCGUUGAGGAAUUUACGCUUGACACAAGCCUGCGAGCCACUGUGCAACUGGCAGGCUCAGAUGAAUCCUAUCACGAGUGUCGCUGUAUAUAAACGGUUAUUCGAGGCGUAUGCGAACCUGUUCACUUCCAAUUGGGAGGAAUCGGACCGCCAGAAAGUGCGGGAUGGACUACGAGUACCGGAGCCGAUCGGUAUGAUGCUUCGAGAAAGGUGUGAAAGGUUCCGAAUCGGAGAUCAGCGACUUACUGCAUUCGAGACGGUUAUGCUCAUUCGAUGGCUGUCCCGACAAGCGGAUCGUCGUGAGGCCUUCCAGCAGCUUGUCACGCGGUGCACCGGAGCUGCUGAGGAAAGAAUGGCACCUUGCCUGUUGACGGUCGAGGUUGGCGAUGAGCUCAGACGGUACGAUCUGGCCCGAUCGAUAAUGGUAUAUCAGCACAGCAGAGUGCUCCCUCAUGACAGCUUCUUGGGCACGUUCAUUCGUCUGGGAAUAGACUGGCCCAACGAGGAGGCGGAUCCGGUUCAUGAUUUCCUAUUGAGUAACGCUCAGUUCUGA